CGUUCAUUAUCUUCCCCGACACAAUGGUUGGGGGCGGGGCCCACACUGGCUCCUCCCCCACUGGGCGGGCUUUUUCUGUCAAGCCAGCUAAACCGUGCUUGGGGAUGUUUAUAGACUUGACUUUAUUCUGCCAAGGGGUCUGAGUCUGGGGCUUGCUUCUCUAAUCCUCACGGUGAAAGCCACAGCCUCCACUUAUGACACAAACACCUUCCUCAGCUCAUCGCUGGUCGCUGCACAGACUUGGACUCUAGUUGGCUUCCUUCCAGGGCUUCCUUCCCUCAGCCAGUGUGGACUAGCCAGGAUUUUCCUUCUCAAGUCUUUCUUUUUGGAAGCAGUGAAGAGUCCUGGUUCCCCACACAGAUCUAGCUUCAAUUCCUGUCCCUGUUUUUUGUUUGUUUUGCUGAUGUGACUCAGCCUCUCAACACCGCCUCCUCGUCUGUAAAUUGAGCUGAGCACCCUUCCACAAAAGCUUGUCAUUCCCAACAGAUUCACAGCCAGCCCAUCCUCCACUGCCACGUUGUCUUUCUCGUCUAACAGCUGGUACUUCUUUAGGGCAGGCAUUAAAGCUGUGAGCCCUGAUCUCUAAUGACUCCAUUCACUCCCAGCACAAUAAGUGCUUAGUAGUUCCUCUUCUCCACCUAUGGUUCUCAGGGCCGAGGGGCUCAAGGCCUCUGGCCUUUCAGAGAGCAGCCUCCCAGUGGGGCACAGUGGCCGGAUGUUGCCCGAUGGUUCAACAAUCACUAUGACUGGACACAGCAGUGUUUACGCCAGGAACUUGGCUGAAGGGUACUUUGAGGCCUCCAACCCUUACAAAGCAUCAUCAGGCGGCGUUCGGCAGCGAUGGCUUGGCCCCGCGUGCAGCUGGUUGUCACCGCUGAUGACUUUGGUUACUGCCCGAGGCGCGAUGAGGGCAUCGUGGAGGCCUUCCUGGCAGGGACUGUGACCAGCGUGUCACUGCUGGUCAACGGCACAGCCGCAGAGAGCGCGGCCGAGCUGGCCCGCAGACACAGCAUUCCCACGGGCCUCCACGCCAACCUGUCUGAGGGCCGUCCUGUGGGUCCGGCCCGCCACAACGCCUCGUCGCUCCUCAGCCCAGAAGGCUUCUUCCUCGGGAAGAUGGGAUUUCGGGAGGCCUUAGCGGCUGGAGACGUUGCUUUGCCCCAGGUGCGGGAGGAACUAGAAGCUCAGCUCAGCCGCUUCCGGGAGUUGUUGGGCAGGUCCCCCACGCACGUAGACGGGCACCAGCACGUGCACGUGCUCCCAGGAGUGUGUCAGGUGUUCGCCGAGGCUCUGCAGGCGUUCGGGGUGCGCUUCACACGGCUGCCAGUAGAAUGCGGCGUGGGCAGCUGCUCGUGGCUGGAAGCACCAGCGCGUGCCUUCGCCUGCACUGUGGAGCGCGAUGCCCGGGCUGCCAUGGGCCCCUUCUCCCGCCACGGCCUGCGGUGGACCGACGCCUUUGUGGGCCUGAGCACUUGUGGCCGCCACAUGUCUGCUCACCGAGUCUUGGCGUCACUGGCACGGGCCCUCGAAGAUAUCCCUGCUGGCCGUGCCCUGACUGCCGAACUGAUGGCACACCCAGGAUACCCCAGUGUGCCUCCAGCAGGGGGCUGCGGUGAGGGCCCCGACGCUUUCUCUUGUUCUUGGGAGCGGCUGCAUGAGCUGCACGUCCUCACUGCACCCACCUUGCGGGCUCGGCUGGCCCAGAAUGGUGUGCAGCUCUGCGCCCUAGACGACCUGGAUUCCAAAAGGCCCGGGGAAGGGGUCCCCUGUGAGGCAACUCUUGAGCCCUUCCUGGAGCCUUCCCUACCCUGACACCAAAGGCUAGCUACGAACUGCCUCUCACUGUGGAGGAAGGCCAGGGCUAAAGCUCUGGUUCAGCGUGGAACCAGGCCUUGGAGCAGGGUCUGGUUUCUUAGAAUGACAAGUCACUAACCCAGGUCCUCGCCGCUGAGCAGUACUGGGCAGCCUUGCCUGCUGCAGGCAGGGCUGGUCUGUGAGUGACAUCUGGAUUUAAGGCCUGCCUGAGCAUUUGGUGCCAAUUCAUGUUGCAGUUAAAACCACCUGUUUAGUGGAGCAGUGGAGAGAGGUUGGUGUGAAUAAAAUAAUGUCUUUCAGA